AUGAAUAUUCCAUCGAUAUCAUCAAUUCAUUCAUUUCGUUUAUAUCAUCUUUAUGCAGCUGCUGGUUCUGCUGCAUUUUUUGGUUUUAUAUUUGGUUUUGAAAGUGGAAUUAUAACUAAUGCUUCAUUCUACAUGCAACAUGAUGAAGCUAUGCAACCAAUUAAUCAAACAUUUCUUUAUAUUUUAAUGAUUAUUGCACCUGGAUCAGCAGCAAUAGCUUCUUUAUUAGCUGCACCAAUAAGCGAUCAUUUUGGUCGCAAAAAGGCUAUCAUAAGCGCAAUUGUAUGUGAUACAAUUGGCGCAUUAUUAUGUUCAUUGUCGCUAAAUAAACAAAUGCUUAUUGUUGGGCGAAUUAUAAUUGGUUUUGCGUUAGGUUUUGGAUCAAGUGUUGUACCGGUGUAUAUCAGUGAAAUAUCAUCACCUCAUUGUCGUGGUUUUCUUCUGACAUCAUUUCAAAUGUUUAUUACAUUUGGAUUAGCAUCAGCAAAUAUUGUUGCAGGUAUAUCAUCUCAUGUGGAAUGCAUUUAUGCUAAAUGGCGUUUAAUGCUUAGUUUCACAACUCUUCCAACUUUAAUUCAAUUUUUCGUCUUCUUAUUCAUGCCCGAAAGUCCACGAUGGUUAUGUGCUAAUGAUCAACAAGAUGAAGGCAUUCGAGUAACACAAUGGCUUCAUCGAAAUGAUGAAAAACUUCAACAGGAAGAAAUUGAUCGUUUAAAUAUUUAUAUUGGUUAUAAAGAAAGGCUUAAAGAAAUGUUAGGAGGUGGAUGGCGUGUAAUGCAUCUCACGCGUGACAUGCAUGCAUUGCAGCAAAUAUUACUUGGUUGCAUGUUGCAAAUAUUUCAACAAUUAUCAGCUAUAAAUGCUAUCAUUCAUCAUUCGUCAGCAAUCAUCAGAUCAGCUAGAGUGAAAGAAGUAAAAUCAAUUAUAUGGCUUUCAUGUGUUAUAUUAGUAAUAAAUUUCUUAAGUACUAUUAUUCCAAUGCUAAUCAUCGAACGUUUCGGAAGGCGGAAAGUAUUACUUACUUCAGUGGCAGGUGUAAUUUUUGCGCUUAUUUGCAUGGGAUUUUCAUUUGGAUAUGUUAGCCGUGAUUCCGUAAUUACUCAACCUCUGAAUGCAACUCUUGAAGAUGUCAUUCCGGAUUUUAUUCCGUAUUUCAAGCAUUGUGCUCAGUUUGAAAACUGUAAUUUAUGUACAAAAGACGAACACUGCGGUUUUUGUAUGCCUAAAAAUUUUCCAACUUAUGGCUAUUGUUUACCAAUUGAUCAAAAGGCAAGUGUAAUUGAAUCAAAAUCAUUGAUAGGUCCGUGCUCUUUUGUCAAUAAUUCAAUGAGGUAUGACUGGAUGGAUGACUAUUGCGCCACGGGUUAUGCCAUUUUACUUUUGGUUCCACUCGUAACGUUCAUCGUAUUCUUUGCUUGCGGUUAUGCACCAUCUUCAUGGAUUAUUAAUGCAGAAAUUUAUCCGAUGUGGGCACGAAGUAUUUGUGUUAGCAUUGCUGCAUUUUGCAAUUGGUUAUUUGAUAUUAUUGCUUCAACAUCUUUCACUUUACUGAUUAGAAAUAUUGGAAGAGAUUCAGCUUUCUUCAUUUGCGCAGCUCUUACAAUGGUUGCAUUCGUGUUCUUCUUCAUUUUCUUAUCCGAAACAAAAGGCACAAGUUUGGAGGAUUUAGAAAAAACGGCCAAACUUAACAAAAAACCUGCAACACUCGUAUCUUUUACAGUUUGUUCCAAUUCUUUAUUUCAGCCAACAACAUGCGAAGAAAUGCAUUAA